ACAGGAGUGAGUGGGUGAGAUUCUGUGGGCUGCGUUGUGCAGGAGGUCAGACUAGAUAAUCAUAAUGGUCCCUUCUGACCUUAAAGUCUAUGUGUAUAUAUCUAAACUCCUAUAUAUACCUACUUUUACAAGGACAAGAAAGUACUCAGACCUCCUAUGAGAUUAAUUCCCAAAGUAGUUUGGUUUAAGUGGAAAUUAAUUAGCUUAUCCGCAUUCUUCCCAAAAUCACACUCUGCACAAGGGAAGAAGCUACCCACUUCGGAUGCAUCCACAGCUCUGACUGACACUGCUACUUAGAAAAGAUUGUGAGCUCAGGUGCAUGAGGUAUCCACAUUGACUACAACAUCUCAAACCACAGUUAUUGUAGGAUAAGUAACCAUUCUGUUCUCCAUUUCUGAUAUCUUCAGAUCAAGACUGGAUGCCUUUAGUCAAACACAUGCUAUUGGGCUCAACAUUAAUAACUAGGUGAAACUUAAUAGGCUGUGGUAUACAGGUCAGACUAAAUCUGUGGUUUUCAAUCUUUUUUCAUUUUCAGACCCUUAAAAAAAUUUCAAGUGGAGGAGCACACCUCUUUGGAAAUCUUAGAUAAAGCCUGUGGACUCCUAGGGGUGUGCAGACCACAGGUUGAAAACCACUGGGCUAGAUGAUCUAAUUGUUCCUUCUGCCCUUAAAUUCUAUGAAUCCUAUACAUUCAGUUAAACUGAUUUUAUAAGAUUGCACCCGUUAGAGCAACUUGCUUAGUAUAUGCUCCUUCACUCUGAAGCUGAAGACAAUCUUUGUUUUCCCCAGAACAGAGCGUCAGUAUCGAGACCUUUCUCAUUGUCUCACUUUGCUUCCUCUCUCUGAACGAGGCCUCCGCAAGAUGCAAGAUAAUUUUGAUUGUUUUGCUGACAAGCUCCAUGACCUGGCUGUCUAUAACUGUUUCCUAGCUGCACUGGGCCGACUCCGCAGGUCGGUCACCCGACCAGAGACCAAGGCUCUGAUUGAAGAGAUGGAGCAGAAACUCCAUGCCUGCCACAACCAUGGUAUGGAUUCCACAGAGGUUCCCAAGGAGCCUCUAUGCCAGGAGGGAGGCAAGACUCCCCUGCUAGAACCAGGAAAGAAGAGACAAGUAGCUGGCUCCUGCCGCCGCCCCAUGAGCAUAGCCAACAGAGAUGCAGACCCUUCUUUCAUCACACCUCAAUCCCGUGUGUCCAGGUGUUGCCGGGGUGCCGCACUGCGCCAUUCCUCUCAGAAACCUGCCAUCACCUUCUCUAGUGAUGAGGAGAACUGCCCUGAGGAUGAACUCUGUGCCGAAUUGACAGAGGAUGAAACACCAAGCAAGGUGACUCCCAUUUCCCGAGCUUCUGCUUGCCGUGCUCUGUGACAAAAUAUCUCACAGAUGUGUCUCAGUUAUUAAUAAGAAAUAAAACUGGUUUUAUUUUC